GUGCACAUGACAGGUCUUCAUUUAAUUAUUGCUUGGUUUGGGGGAUAGUACCUGUGGUAAAUAUUUAUCAUAUUUUACAUCAGUUAAGUGACAGUUAAAGAAAAGCUGAAGAAAAGUAGAAAAUAAAAAGUUGGCUAAUACAGGAAGUAGCAGUAAGCUCUAAAAUGGAAUAGGCUACCUCUACCCAUGUCAGGUGUGCCCAAAGUGGGGAGUCUAAGAUCUAUUUUAAUAAAAUUUUGUGCUGAAAAGACUGUCAAGAAAUUAAAAUGGGCACAUACCAGACUAUCCUUCUAAAAAGAACAACAAUUAAAGACAAGUUAUUGAUAAAUAGUACUUUUUUUUUACAUUAAAAAAUGUCCCUAGCCUCCCCCAGAAUCUGGGAGAAGCACUGCGAGAAGGUGCGAGUUGAAAACCCCCCUGCCAGAGGGCUCCGCCAGAUUUUCCCAGCAGACCCUCACUAUACGCUUGGGCCUGUUAGGUCUUUGCGGCUUCCUCUUCCGCCAGCGGACCUAACUCACAACCAGGUGAUGAUUGGUUGAGAGCUUUGCCCUUCUCUUCACCUGAGUGAACAAGACACGCUGCCAGAGGUCAGAUGACAUACCAACAAAGUCGAUCAUCGACCUCUGGCCUAGGGUGUCCUGGUGCCACGUGCACUGAUGGACACCCUUGUGCUCAAACAUGGUGUUAGUUAUGGACAAACUGUGACUAGCACAAAAGUCAAAUAAUAGAACCUCGCGUGGGUUCAGAUCAGGGAGGCUGUUCCUCCCGAUCACCUCUCUACAGGUGUCACUGUUGUUGGGCAUUGAAGUCCCCGGUUGGUGCACUGUCUAUAACCCUCCCAGGGACUCCAAGAAGGCUGGGUACUCUGCACUGCUGUUCAGCCAGUAGACCGAAACAACAGUGCGAGUCCUGUCCCCAACCUGAAAGGCGCAGGGACGUGGUCCUCUCUUUCACCGGGGUGAACUCCAACACAUGGCGGCUGAGCUGCAGGGACAAUGAGCAGGCCCACAACAGCCCGCCACCACUCCCCAUAUGCAACGCAAGAGAAAUGGAGUUGGGUUCCAGAGUCCAAACUGUGUGUUGAGGUGAGGCCGACUAUAUCUAGUGGGUAAUUCUCAACCUCCCGCACAAGCUCAGACUUCUUCUCCCCCAGUGAGGUGAAAUGCCAUGUCCCCAGAGCUAGUCUCCAUGUCCGGAGAUCCAGUCGUCGAGGCCCCGCCUGCGACUGCCUCCCAGAUCCCUCUGCACCAGCCCCUUAUAGAUCCUCCUACAGGUGGCAGGUCCACGGAAGGACGGCCCCAUGUUGCUCCUUGGAACUGUGCCCGGCCGGGCCCCGUGGGGGAAACCGCCCACCAGGCGCUCAGUGUCGGACUCCCACCCCAGGCCUGGCUCCAGGGAGUGGGCCCCGGUACUGGUAAUCCGAGCGACAUAACUGGCCUCUGUCUGAUGCUCAUCUGAACCACCUUUUUGACCUGUCCCCCAGGACCUUGGAUGACCCUACCUGAGACAUGAAGUGCCCAUCAACAUAGCUCCUGGGGUCAUUCGGGUACUCAAACCCCUCCACCACGUUAAGGUGGCUGUUCAAGGAGGGGUCCACCCACGAUUUUGAGACAAAUCACACACACAGAAGGCAUUUUUCUGACUGUUUAAACCUUCAUUCAACAAAAUAAAGGAGAGUGUUGGAGAUGUGCUGUUUCAUGGAGAAGAGACUGGCCUACACACUCGCUGAGUUUGAGAUGAAAGUGGAGAAGGAUGUCCUUGAACCACUCAACAAGCUCAGUGAAGAAGAUUUACCAGAGAUCCUCAGGAACAAACAGCAUUUUGUGAAGCUGACAAGAGACUGGAACAACGCACGGAUCAAGAGCCAGACGAGCACAGGAGCCCAGGCUAAGCAGGAGGGGCUGAGGGAGGAAGUGGAGGAGGCCUGGAGGAGACUGGAGACCAUCAAGGACCAAUACUCAGCAGAUCUCUAUCAUUUUGCCACUAAAGAAGAGGACUACGCAGACUACUUUAUUAGACUACUGGAGCUCCAAGCUGAAUACUACAAAAGCUCUUUUGAAUUCUUGGACAAAAACAUUAGCGAGCUCAAAGAGAACCACAGUCAGAAAGGGUCAGCCCCCCCCUCUGUCUCCGACCAGCGAGUUUAUGGGGAACCUCUUUUGGCUCAUCUGACUCAUAGCCAGAGAGAAAUCGCUGCCCCCAUACAAGAGUGCAUCCACAUGUUACUCAGAACAGGAAUGAAAGAGGAGGGUCUUUUUCGUCUGGCAGCUGCAGCUUCAGUGGUCAAGAGACUGAAAACGUGUCUAGACCAGGGUAAAGUGGACCACAGUGAGUUCAGCAUGGACCCUCACGCCGUAGCCGGAGCUUUGAAGUCCUACCUGCGUGAACUUCCUGAACCCCUCAUGACCUUUGAACUCUACAGUGAAUGGUUCAAAGCGGCAGGUGAAAAAGAGCCAACAGAGAAAUUAAAGCAGUUUAGAGAAUUGCUGACAAAAUUGCCCCGGGAAAACUACAAUAAUCUCAGAUACUUGGUCCAGUUUUUGUCGCUUCUAUCAGAGCAGCAAGCUGUGAACAAAAUGACGCCCAGUAACAUCGCUAUUGUCUUGGGACCCAACCUCUUGUGGCCAUUGGCUGAAGGGGAGGCUGCCCUCUUCGACAUGGCCUCAGCUUCUUCAGUCCAAGUUGUCACAGUGAUAGAGCCUCUCAUUCAGUACUGCUCACAGCUUUUUCCAGAAGCUAUCUCCUUUGAGAUCCCAGAGGUUCCAGAGUGUCCGGAGGUGUCCAUGCCUGGUCCAUCUUUAGUCUAUGAAAAAGAGAAACUGACCAGAACCUUCUCCACCACCUCCACUGCAUCCUCCUGCUCCUCCUAUCAUACAGCGCUUUCAAAGUCAAACAGCACUGCGUCCCAGGACAGUUCAAGCUUCUUCCUCAUCAAAUCAGGAUCAGUUGGUCGUAGUGGUACAUCUACAUGGGCCGGUCCCACAGCAGAGACACCACAGAAAACACAGAACAUCACCCCAAGCUCUUCUGCUCAGAGCCCUAGUCCUGCUCUGAUUUCCACCUCUUCAACCUCCUCCUCUUCUUUCAUCGCCUCUUCAUCAGGCCAAACCGCUCCUCCCCCUGUCCGGACGGUGGCACCCAACAAGAGUCCCACCCAAAAACAGUGCUCGGAGCAGGGGGUACUGGAGCCCAUCCUGGAGGGUCCCCCAGACUCACCCAGAGCCUUUGUCAAGAUGUCAACACCCUAUAAACCCAAACGUUCCUUCAUGUCCAAAACUACCCAUCAAAAUGAACACCCAGUCGCCCAGUUCUCCAAACCAAGAGCUCCGGCCCCCAGGAUGCAGGCACCCACUCCCCCUGCUACCCCCGCCCUUGCCCCAUCUGCUCCCUCUGCCCCAUCCACAGUCCUCGACACCCCAUCUCAGAACAGUCGGACUCAGCCUCUUCCUCCACCCCGAGCUCCAGGGACCAGCCACAAAAAAACUGCACCAAAGAAGCCCGGAAUGAAAGCUCCCAGCUGUCCUCCUCCUCUUCCUCCGCCAUCACAGGCCAAAGAGGUUCCUUCUUUAGCCCAGUGAGAAAAAUAUACAUUGUUUUCUGCUGGAUAAGCUUGUAAAUUGUAUUACUCUAGCUUUUAUCAGUAUCGGUAUCAGUGAUAUCGGAGGCUUUUUUAAAUGUAGUAUUGCUUUGAUAUAGAAAAUGAAGCAAAUAAUUGGUACGGAUAUUGUUUCUGUCUGUUCUGUUAUUGUAAUAACAUUUUAACAAAAAUUAAAAGUAAAUUGUCAGCUUUACACACUUAACAUGAAUUUGUAGGUCUUUCUAUGGAUUAAAAAUUUUUAUUGGUAAAUAUCUGUUAUCAGCUACAACAAUAUCAGUAUCCAAUCCAAUACCUCCAAUUUUUUUUUCUUUUUAAACAAUUUUUUCUUGUAUUUAUUUUUGUUUGACACUUCCUGGUGGAGUGGUAACACAGUUUACUCAAAAAGUUACUAGUUACUGUUAUAUGAAUAAAGCAAAAAAUAUUACACUAUAAAAAAUUAUGAUAAGUGUAAAUAAAACAAUUUCAAACAAUUCAAAA